CCAUAUAUUGACAUAGAGAAUAUCAUAUUUGAAUUCACUCUACUCUAUGUAGAGAUAUUAUCUCUCAAUCUUCACUAAAGUCACUUCAUUUGCUUGAUAUUACAACCUCCAAAAUAAUUAUGUUAUGAACUUUUAGGUCUAUAUUAUUCUUCAUCCCUAUUAAAUUCAGAUUCUUGACAACCUACGUCUUACCUUUUUAUCUAAUAGCUCGUUACAAGUAUGAGACGAGUGUAAGAAUUCCAUUAUUUUUUAAGGAAAAAAAACCAUUUCAGAUUAAAGAGGGAAAAAAUUGUUCAUGGGCACAAGGUAGAAAAAGGAAAAGCAUUGAAAACACAUAGAAGAUGGAAAAUUCAGAUUAUAGAUCAAGAUAAAAAGAUUAAAAAAAAACAAAAUGAUAAAAAAAGGAGUGAUGGAACAGUACCAGUAGUGUCCAGUGCCCACCAGCUUUUGCUAUAUGUCCACUUUGAUCUUAAAGGAGAGCCAAAGCAAGAGAAUCAUAAUAAGUAAAGAAUACUAAAUAUUGAAACUUAAUAUUAGAAAAGGGCAGUACUCUGUGCAAUGUAUUUAUUUAGCAUGAAAGAGACAUAUUGUAAUAGAGAAAAUAUAGAUAGAUAUUUGAUUCAUACAAGAUACAAAAGUAAUAUAUUAGCCUACUAUAUUUGUGAGACACUAGGGGUUGGUCCAGUAAUAUAUUACUAGUUUUUUACUGGGUCAUUUGGAUGAGAAAUUCUAACUAAUAAAUUUGAUCUAGUUGUUUCGUUUUGAGACAGAUGAGCAGAAUUGACCCGUUUGGCAGCACAAAAUUAGGUUAGAACAAAUUGUCAUGGAGAAUUUUAAAUGGACUCGUUUUGAGCCAAUUACCAUUAUCUGAAGUGUGACAUGUAAUUCGAAUUUACUUAUUUUAAGUGACUCACUUUAUAAAAUUAUAUUAGAUCAUUGAACAAAUUUCUUAUUUUCCAAUUUGUGAAAAUUUCAUAUUUUAGUAGGAGUGGACUUCCCCUAACCUCAACCCCUUCAAUGAUAUGUAUUACUUUUCAUACGAAACAUAUAUUAAUGGCAUUGGAGAAUGUAUUUACAUCUAAAGUUUCUGAAGCUAUACAACUUAAUCUUAAGUUACCUUAGAUUUAAAUUUAGUGAUUUCCUAUCAAAUUUCAAAAAGCACUUGAGCUCUCCUACGUUUUAAGGCAUUUUAUCUUAUGUGGUCAGGGUUUUUUCAGCUAGUCAUAAGCCAUAAUGUCCUUUCAACCAGUUAAUGGUGGCUCAACUUAAAUCUUAUGCUUGUUCCAAUAACAAAAUGAUCACAAACAUUUAAAAUAUAACAAAAACGCCAUAUACAUGUAUUACAAUACAAUAAAACAACGAUAUAAUAAUGUCUUCUCUUUCAUAUUUUCAUCCAAAAUGUUUAGUUGGCUUGCUCUCAUAAGAGGUAGGUUUUAGAUUUGGUUAGGUGUCUGUUAUUUUCUUUUAUCUAGCUGAAAAUUCUGAAUAAAAAUAUAGAUGAAAAGAGACGAAAUGAUUGUUUUGUAUAUAUCCUAUACAAUUGAUAAAUUAGAUUUCAAUUACUUGUUAUUGACCCAAACCUACAUGAUCAUUUUUAUCACUUGCUCACAAUACUACUUACAAAUUAAGACACAAACUCGUGUAAUUCUCACCAUAAAGAGCCAAUAAUUACAACGAAGAUUAAAAGCCUAUCUUACUUUCAACGACAAAUCUCUCGUCAUGAAAAGGUUGGUUGGAUUGCGAGAUCAAAAGCACGAGCUUCGCUUCCUGAUGAUUGGAUUAAUAUUCUUGAUCUCAUUUCUUAUAUUCUCUAAGAAUGUAACCAAGUUUGCGCUUCUUUCGUUCGUUGGAGUAAAAGUUGUUAAUCAUUGUAAAAAAAAAGGCUGGUUAUUACUUAUUAUUAUAACCAUACUGCGGGACAAGGGCAGAGGCUCCUUCCCCAACCCCACACACCCAAGCUAGCCUAACCUCCCCCUUUUAAAAAAAUUUCUUUUCUCCAGAUUGAUGAUAUUUUUUUCUCUUUCAGCAAAGAGAGAAGAAAAAGGGAAAGUGAGAAAGGUGGGUUAAUAAAGAAAAGGCCAUACAAAUAUCAUCAAACUUUGUUAACCUCUUGUGAGAAAAGGGAAGACCAUCUUUCCUCCUCUCUCUCUCUCUCAAAAGAAACACACAAAAGCUAACCCUGGCCUGGGAGGAGAGGAGGAGGGUGUAGGUAAGUAACUUCAUCAUCAUCAUCAGGAAAGGUGAAGAAAGGAAAGUAGCCAAGAAAGUGAAAAAAAAGGAAGAGAUAUUAGAUCCUCUUCAUGGAGCUAGAGAGAGAGCUUUGAAUGCUUGCUUCUCUUUUUUUCCAUCAUAGUCUUGAUCUUGAACAAGAUCAGCCUGACCUUAUAUAGCAGCUGGUUUUUCUUUGUUUAUGUUAUGAUCAGCUUCCAAUUGGAGUUCCAGCUAGCUAUCAGCUGAUCAUCAUGAUCCCAUCAUUCAUUAGCUAGUUUGAUUGUUAGCUUCAUGACAUAUGAUCCAUGGUAGGAAACCCUAGCAGCAGCUGGUGGAUGUUGAGCAACAUUAUGCAGCAGCAGACUUCUGAUUCUCCUAAUAGCUAUUUGCUACCCAAUUCAGCUUCUACUAAUACUGCUGCUUCUAGUUACCCUAAUUUGAUGUUGAAUUGCUUUCCUCACCAUGAUGAUGAGCAACAACAACACCAGCUUAUGAGUAGUAGUAGCAGUAUUAAUGGUCAUCACUCAUCAUGGAGCCACCUCCUUCUUAGAGGUGGUUUGUCAACAGAAGAAGAAGAAGAGGAAGCCACAAAGAGGAGGAGAAUUGGCAGCCAUGAUCAGGCCAAAGAAGAAGAAGAAGGAAAAGAUGAAGAUGAUCAGCUUCAAUACCAGGAGUUGUGCUUGAGCAACAACUCCUAUUACCCAUCCCUUCUUCACCCACCACUUUCUGGUUUACCAAAUAUUAAGCCAGAAGUGAUACUGCUAAAUCCCCAGGCUCAUCAGGAAACCAACAACUUGUUAUUAAUGUAUGCCAAUAACCACCACCAGUUUUAUAAUAAUGACAUCCCUUUUCCACCACCACCACCUUCUUCUUCACCAUUUAGGGCUUCUUCUUCUUCCUGUUGUGAUGUAAGCACUACUACUACAACUACAGCCAAAUCCAUGCUGGACUUCUCUUCUUAUCGCAAUACGAUUGAUCAUCCACAUCCUGAUCACUCAAUAUCGUCUGAGUGUGGCAGAACAGCCAAAACAGGUGGGGUGGUGUGUGAUUAUAAUAAGAAGGCUAGGGUUCCUCCUCCUCUUCCUCAUCAUCAACAGCAGCAGCAGGCAUCUAGAAGAUCAAGCCAACCUUUUCUAAAGGUGAGGAAGGAGAAGUUGGGAGAUAGAAUCACAGCCCUCCAUCAGUUAGUUUCCCCUUUUGGAAAGACUGACACAGCUUCUGUGUUGCUGGAAGCUAUUGGGUAUAUCAGAUUCCUCCAGACUCAAGUUGAGGCUCUCAGCUCUCCUUACUUGGGGACUAAUAAUGCUGCUGCUUCACUUUCACAUUCAAACAAUAUCACAGGCCAACAUGCUGCUGAAGUGAAGCCAAGAGACUUGAGGAGCAGAGGGCUAUGUUUGGUUCCGGUGACAUGCACGCAACUCGUCGGAGGAAGCGAGGUCGUCGGAGCAGAUUAUUGGGCUCCGGCCAUCGGAGGAGGCCCAUUCUGAUGAUUGGUGUCCAAAUUAAACCUCAUUCUAAUUAAUCUGCAGUGUCUGUCUAAGCAAGAUAUAAUUAAUAAGCCUACCUACUAUAUGUACGUAUAUGUAUGGUAAUUUAGCAUAUCAAAGAUGAUGAUUUAAUUAGUUAGUUGUACUGAUUAAUUCAUUGUUGGCUUAGCUAGCUCCAUGGGAAUAACGAUAAUGAUGAUGAGAUCCCGAGCAGUCAGUCGUCCAUGGCUGUGACCACUGCUGGCUAGCUAGCUCUUGAUGCAUUUUAUUAUAUAUAUACAUAAUAUAAUUAAUGAAGUAACUAAUUAAGU